CGUCGGUAACAAAUACGAAGUACAGCGACAGAUUAGAUAGUCGCUUGAAAUUCUGGUAAUGCAGAACAUCGUCGAACGUUACACAGAGAAAAUCUUUGAAAAUGAAGAACGGAAAUCAAAUAGUUGCCGAAGCUUUGAAGAAACAGGGUAUCGAAUAUGUUUUUGGAAUAAUGGGACAUCCCGUGAUUGAUCUAGCCUUAUCCAUACAAAUAACGGGUAUCCAAUAUCUUGGAUUUAGAAAUGAGCAAGCCGCAUGCUACGCUGCGCAAGCUUAUGGAUAUUUGACGGGAAAACCGGCAGCAGUAUUGUGCGUUUCUGGACCAGGAUUGCUUCAUGUUAUCGGUGGUAUGGCAAACGCUCAAGUAAAUUGUUGGCCGCUUAUAGUACUUGGUGGAUCGUGUUCUGAAGACCAUGAAGGUAUUGGAGGUUUUCAGGAAUGGCCGCAAGUAGAAUCCAGUAAACUCUAUUGUAAAUAUGCUGCCCGACCGCCAUCCGCAACAUUAAUACCGCUCCAUGUGGAAAAGGCUGUCCGAAUUUCUAUUUACGGUCGACCAGGUCCUACGUAUUUAGACUUACCAGCUACUUUAUUAAAUCAAUCAGUCGAAGAAGAAAGCAUUUAUGAUGUUGAACCAUGCCCACCACCACCACUGACGUUUCCCGAUCAACGAUUAAUUCAACAAGCAGCUAAUUUGCUUGUGCGAGCAAGAAAACCAUUGUUAAUUAUAGGAAAAGGGGCUGCCUAUGGAAGAGCAGAGAAUGAAGUCCGAAACCUUGUAUAUUCAACCAGGAUUCCUUUUCUUCCGAUGCCAAUGGGCAAAGGAGUUGUUCCAGAUACGAACGAACGAUGCGUUUCUAGUGCUAGAACAUUCGCAUUGCAACAAAGCGAUGUAAUUUUGUUACUAGGUGCUCGAUUAAAUUGGAUGUUACACUUUGGCAAACCACCUCGUUUUCAGGCUGAUGUUAAAGUGAUACAGGUCGACUUAUGUUCAGAAGAACUACACAAUUCUGUUUCUUCUGCAGUUGCAAUUCAAUCUGAUAUAUCUACAGCUACAGACAGUCUUAUUACUGUUUUGAAAGAACGAAAAUGGUUCGUUGAAGAAAAUAGUCCAUGGUGGAAAGAUUUACAAGCCAGAUCAAAUAAAAAUAAAGCAAUAAUUCAGAAAAUGUCAAUGGAUGUUUCAGUACCAUUAAAUUAUUAUGCCGUUUUUAAACAUAUUCAAGACGUGAUCCCAUCUGAUUGUAUUAUUUGCUCAGAAGGAGCUAAUACAAUGGACAUAGGAAAAACGAUUUUAUUAAAUAAUCAACCGCGUCAUAGAUUAGAUGCUGCUACCUUUGGUACAAUGGGAGUUGGUUUAGGUUUCGCCAUAACAGCCGCCCUUUAUUGUAAAAACAAUGCCCCCACAAAAAAAGUUCUUUGUGUAGAAGGAGACAGUGCAUUUGGAUUUUCUGGCAUGGAAAUUGAAACAAUGUUUAGAUAUAAACUGCCCAUUAUUAUUAUCAUUCUAAAUAAUAAUGGUAUAUAUGGUGGUUUAGAUAAUGAAACAUUCAGACAAAUACAAGCCUCAGGCGAACCAACACAAGUAACACCGCCGCAUUGUUUAACAUCAGAAACACAUUAUGAAAAAAUGUUAGAGAUGUUUGGUCGCAAAGGAUACUUCUGCACUACUGUGCAAGAUAUACAACAUGCACUCAGAGCAUGCCUUCAAAUCAAUGAUUCUCCCAGCUUAAUAAACAUUAUGAUUAAUCCCCAUGCUGAUCGUAAAGAACAAAAAUUUACUUGGCUAACAGAGUCAAAGCUUUAACAAUGGAAAAUAGGUAACUGCGCUGGGUUAUAGUAUAGGAAAUAUACUAAGUAUAAAUAUAUAGAUAAUAUAGUAUAAGAAAA